AUGAACUCGAGCCAGAAUGCUUUUGAAGACAUUUUUAUGAAGAACCUAAUUGUAGUUGGGUUGGGUGUCAUCAUAACUUACAUCAAUGGGAUCUUUGUGAUCGGCUUUUUUCAAAAUCCAGUUUUCUACACCGACACCAGAUACAUUCUGUACAUUCACCUGGUCAUUAAUGACAUAAUUAUGCUCUUCCUUUCAGUUACUCUGUAUGUCUUGAAUUAUGCUCUUCCCCUUUUGAAUGUCACAAUCUGCAGUUUUCUGCUUUUUAUUGCCACAACAACUGGAGAAAACACUCCACUGAAUCUAGCAGCAAUGGCCUUGGAACGCUACAUUGCCAUUUGCAAACCGCUGCAUCACCAUCGGCUUUGCUCAGUGAACAGGACUUACGUCAUCAUAGGGCUGAUAUGGAUAUUGACCUCUGUUCCUGCACUAACCGAUAUCAUCAUUGUCUUGGUGAAUGAACCCAUCAGUAUUUUCUUAACAUCCAUUAUUUGCUAUCCAAAAAGUCUUUUUGGCACGAAUCAGCACCUCAUGAGAGUGAUCUCAGUUGAGUCACUUUAUCUAUCAUGUGUGUGGAUGACUCUGAUCUUUACUUACUUCAGGGUUCUUCAGGCAGCUAAAGCUGCAACCUCUGAUCAGGUCUCUGCCAGAAAAGCCCGGAACACUAUUUUGCUCCAUGGUAUGCAGCUCCUUCUUUGUAUGCUUGGCUAUAUCACUCCACUUAUAAACUAUUUUUUCUUAGCAUUGUUCCCUAAAUAUAGAAGCACAGUUUUGUUCAGUACCUACAUAGUGGCUAAUGUUAUUCCAAGGCUACUCAGUCCUCUUAUAUAUGGAUUCCGAGAUCAAAAAUUGUUCAGAUAUGUCAAAAUGUAUUUAACCUGCAGUCUGUUCUUCACAAAGAUUGAACCAAAUGAAGUUCAAUCAUAG